AACGCAAGUGAAACUAAAGUUGGAGUUCUUGUGAAACAAGCUUGGUGUUGAUCUCUCUCUCUCUCUCUCUCUACUAAACUUUUACACCAAGUAAGAAGUCAUUACCAAGCCCAACUUUCUUGGGACAGGCAGACUUGUGAGAGAAAUGGCUUCCUGCAGCAGUUUCCUGUCUGAAGAGCAGUUUCUGUGCUCGGUGUGUCUGGACGUGUUCAACCUGCCAGUGUCCACUCCAUGUGGGCACAACUUCUGCCAGGCCUGUAUCACAAUCUACUGGGAUAGUGAAGCUGUCUACAAGUGCCCACUCUGCAAGACGACUUUUCAAAGCAGACCAGAUCUCAAGGUCAACACGUGGAUCUCCGGACUUGCGGAGCAGUUCAAGAUUUCACUCCAGCUGGCGGACAACGGCAGCUGCAGCCCAGACCAACAGCAGCCUGAGUCUGGACGUGUGUCGUGUGACAUCUGCACUGAUGCCAAGCUCGAAGCCGUCAAGUCCUGCGUCGAGUGUCAGACCUCGUACUGUGAGACUCAUCUAGAGCCUCAUCAGAGAGUGGCCGGACUGAAGAGACACACGCUUGUCAACCCUGCACAGGACCUGCAGGACCACGUAUGCAAGAAGCACAACAAGCUUCUGGUGUGGUUUUGUAGGACUGACAAAGUCGUGGCGUGUGACAUUUGUGCCAGGAAGGACCAUGUGGGCCACGACACCUUUCCUGUACAGCAGGAAUAUAGAGAGAAGAGAGCUCUGCUGAGGACGACGGAGAUUAAAGUGCAACAGAUGAUCCAGGACAGGCUGCAGAAGGUCCAUGAGAUCAAAGAGUCGAUGAAGCUCAGCCAGAAAGACACCAAAGACAAAAUAGCAAAAAGCAUUCAAGAAUUCACUGCUCUGGUGUCCGAUAUUGAAGAGAGCCAAGUCGAGCUUGUUAGGGUGAUUGAGGAGAGGCAAAAAGCGGCAGAAGGACAAGCCGAUGACUUCAUUAAAGAUAUGGAGCAGGAGAUCGGUGAUCUGCAGAUGACCGUCGCAAACCUCAGGGAUCUAAUGCACAUCGAAGACCGUCUCCGCUUCCUCGAGGCCUUCCCAUCCAAAUCGCUUUUACCACACACCAUGGACUGGGAUGCAGUCAGUUUUAACAGCCUGGGAAUGGAGCACUUAGGGAACUCUCUGAGUCGGACAAUGUCUCAGCUGAAAGUAAUGCUGAAAAGAAUGAAGACGGAAAUCCAGAGAUUCUGUGAUGACACGCAGAUGUUGAGUGGAACACUGUGGGAGGUGCAGCAGUACGAAGUGGACGUCGUCCUGGAUCCUGACACAGCGCACCCCAUGCUCUUUGUGACUGAAGACAGGAAACGGGUUAGCUACAGCGAAGAGGUGCAAAGGAUCCCUACCGCAAAGACAUUUAUGAAUUAUUAUGCCGUUUUGGGAGAGAGUGGCUUCUCAGCUGGGAAAGCCUACUACGAGGUGUACGUGGGAUGGAAGAUCGAGUUCAGCCUAGGAGUCGCCACGGAGUCUCUGAACAGGACGGAGGCUGUGAGAGAACCUCGCCAUGGACUCUGGGCCAUCGAGUUUGUGGUUGAUAAAUGUGUGGCCUCCAGUUCCCCUGACGUCCCGGUGUACUGGGGGAAAAUGGAGAGGGUGGGCGUGUUUGUGGAUUACGAGGGGGGCGGCAUCUUCUUCUAUGAUGUCGAGGCCUCAAAGUGUAUUCACUCUUUCACCGACUGCAUCUUCACCGAGACGCUCUACCCCUACUUUAAUCCCUGUGAUAAUGAAUAUGGCUCCAACAAUGCACCGCUGGUCAUCGUUCAAGUCAAUCAUAGUGAAUAAAUGGAAGCCCAGUGAGGUUUUGAGGCCUAAAUAAAUCAAUCAAUCAAUCUAUAAUAGGUGUAAGCUGUAAGAGUUUGUAAGGUAAAACAUUUAAUUUGCACUGAUUCUAUAUUUCAUGUGUUUUUUUUUUUCCCAGGUAAUAUCAGUGAAACACAGGAGGCAAAAGUGAUUGCACGCUGCUCUAUGCUCAUUGCAGUAUCUUUUAAUAAAUCACCAAUGUUUCACCAGGGAAGCUGGCUCCUACACACACCCUGAAGAAGCCAGCCUGCCUGACGAAACAUUGGUGAUUUAUUAAAAGACAUUGCAAUGAGUCCAGUAUAGUGUGAGAACGCGCUUAUCUCCUGUGAACCUGUGAACCGUCUCCUAACUUCCUAUGAAAUAUCAGUAAAACAAAGUAACCGGCUGAUGCACAGGUCAUACCAGCUGAUUUUUUUUUUUUUUUUUUUUUGCUUCAGGAAUGCCGUUUAUGUUUUUGCAAAUGAGCUCUUCAAGUGAUUCUUCUCACUGUGAAGCACGUGGGCCGCUGAACCAUCUGUUCAUUGUAGAUAGGUCAGUUUCAAGAUUUCUCUAUUGUGCCACUUAACCAGAACGAGAUCUAAACAUGGGUCAAAUGGGGUAUAGAAGCUUAAAUGAACUCAAAUAUUCUGCCUAUAUAGGAAUGCUGGACUACUGUAUGCAAAAAUAUAUCUUUCUUGCUAAAGCAGCCUCAUGAUUUUUGAGGAACUCACACUACAGAGCAGGUGAAAAUGACUGAAAUAAACCAACAGAGCAACUGAGACAUAAAUAUAAAUCAUACAAAAGGGAGGGGAAGGGCUCAGUUGACAGGUGAUGAUGGACGAAUGAAGAAUGAACAGGAAAAUCAAUAAAUAGGCAUAUAUAUGCAGAAGUGUUGAUUUAAUGUUUUGGAAAAAACAGUGUCAUUUGUUUUAUGCAAUGAUUCUCAUCUAUUCUUGAUUUUGCUUUUUUGUUUGUUUUGCUUGUAGGGAAUAUAUGAUAAAGAUUGUUUGAUGAAGGGAUAAUUAGUGUCGGUAGAUGAGAGGAGUAAAACAUGAUUAUGAAGAAUGACGGAUGAUAUUUAUCAUUUCAUAUCUGAGUUCAUUCUUUGGACUUUCUUUGAGCCUUUGACACGGUAGGCAUCAAAACCAGUAUCAGUGAACUUAAAUGGAAAUACGAGAGAGAAAGACUGUGUUUUGUUUAAAUAUUCAUUAAAAAAAAAAACUACGAUAACACAACAAAAAUGUUGAAUGUGAGCCUAUUUUUGUUUGAUGAAACUGAUCUUGAGCAUGCAUUUAGUAUGCUGUUGUAACAUCAUUUCUUGAUGUGAUUUUGAUUCUGCAAUGCCUUUUCUCUGUAUUUUCUUACAAUGAUUUUGUUUUCACGAUGAGAUGACACGUGUCUCAGGUUGACGAUGCUGUACUUGUUCAGAUGAUGCUGGUUCUCUUGUCUAAGUGGGGUAGGAGGGGUUUUUAAAUUUCUCCUACUCUGAACACCCUGAAGUCCCUGCAGUACUUCAAAAACUCAAGAAUAUACCCUGCAUAUGUGCUGUAACUGGCAAUGAAAGUUUUACAGACAUGCUGAUGAAAAUUUAAUAAA